GGGGGCAGUGUUACGAAAAAGGGUCAUAAAUUUGCCUUCCUUUUUUAUUUGAAUUAAUUAACUCUACAAUGUUCGGUUAAUCAACUUCCCAGGAAAGGCCCUUUCUGAGAAAGAGGAUGCGCACAUAGAAGUCGCUGGUCGUGAAAUAUGUUGUUUCUCUAGCCCAGUAGCCUUGUAAACAAAUUGUAAAACAUUAUUCCGAACUCUCGCGCCUUAUCUGAAAAGCAUUUACGCCUUGGUCUCGAACAUGAACGGAAAUUUGAUGUUAUGUGUCUGCUUUCUUUCUGUUGGAGUUUUCGUGGAAAAAUAUGAAUGUCUUAAUGUUCCCAAAUUCAUUGCUUCACCUUCAAGACUUGGGACAACAAAUGAUAAAGUGCAUUCCUUGAAAACAGCUCUUCUUUUUCAUUACAUUAACUACUUUGGAGCCUGCAAACCCGAAAAGAUGCACACAAUGGAGGUCAAAAUAUGCUUUGCGUGCAUUGAUGCUGCGUGCGCACUUAUUGGCGAGAGACCAAAAGACAGGAUAAGUGCAAGCAAGAACAAGUUGACGAAGCUCUGUUACCUGGCCAGCAGGGGGAAGGACGUUACAAGAUGGUUCACAAUCGCAAGUCAAAUAGCGGAGGUCCUAUGUGCAGCUUGUUCCGAACUGACGACUGACGAGGAGAAAAUAGUUUGUGAAAAGAGAAUGUGUCAAUGAAUGCUC